GACAGCAUCAAGUGUCAGCACUCAACUCACGUCAGAGCUGAUCAACAGUAGCUUGUGCGCAACGUUUUAAAACGGAUCGAAAGAGCAAGCAAAUUGCUUCGAACGCAUAGUUUUUCAUUUUCAAAGACUUCAUCGAAUUCAAAAAGUAUUUACGCGAAAGACCCGGUAAAUUUGUCGCUGCAUCCAUGCGCACUGUACACGAAAGUGCAUUCAAACCAAAAUUAUCUGCAGAAACGAAGUUCAUAGUGGAUAUUCGACCUGCCAACCACAAUGCAGCGGCGCUCAACAGCGUCAAUGCCGCCGCUAAUAAUAACAUGAACUCUAACCCAUUAGAGGUGAUUGCUACGAAUGGCGGCGGUCACAAUGAUCUGGUUGUUGAUGCCGCUGCUGGAGUGCAUCGUCGCCUUAGCGGCAAUGGCGGCGGGAAUGGCAGCUCCCGCAAUUCCAAGGCGGAAGUGAAUUGGCAUCGCGUUUUCAUCGUUUCAUCGCUGUUUGUGUCGCUAUUGCUGAUUAGCGGUUCCAUUUAUUUGCAUUUGCGACAGAAACAUCAUCUUGGUAGACUUCAUCACGACCAGCAUAGCCCAGCAGCCGGCUCGGUUGCAACAACACCUACGACAAUCGACGCCCACUCUUCGGCAUCCGUACCGGCAUCAUCAGGAGUUCCUUCAGCUGCUGCAGCAACAUCCGGCAACUCUUUCACAACUUCCUCUGUCACAGCGGCUAAGGCUACAAUGACAUCAAUGGAUUUACAACCAAAAUGGAAUGCAUUACCUGAUAUGGAUAGUCGUUCGCGACACAUAACCGAAGCUUGUAUGCAAUGCAUCUGCGAGACUACAACCGAAUGCCGCCCAGCUACAUGUGGCAAUGAUGUGGACUGUGGCGUUUUUCGCAUAUCACGCCCCUACUGGUUGGAUGCUGGUAAGCCAGCACUUGAGGGCGAUGAGCACAACAACAGCAAUACGACCAAAACUUACUACCACUGUGUCAACAACAUUUACUGCGCGACCCGCGCUGUCGCUGCCUACAUCAGCAAAUAUGCGCGCGAUUGCAAUGGGGACGGCAUAAUCGAGUGCCGCGAUCAUAUUGCACUCCAUCUGCUUGGCCCCAGAGGUUGUGCGCAGACCGAGUGGAACUUAUCGCCCGUAUUCGUGCGUCGUAUGGAGGAUUGUUUGGCGGAAUUAAAGUGAAGGGAGAGGCCGAAAGUGUGAAUGGGCCGGGUCAGUGCUUGAACAAAGAAUUAAUACUCAGUAAAAAAGUCGAUUUUACUCGAAUGUAGGUAGCAGUUUCAGACACGAAAAUAUUGGCGCAGUUGAGGUGCAAAUCUUUUUGCUGGAGUCGGCAACAAUGCAUGCAAUUGUGUUGUAUACGAUAUAUGUUUGUAGUUGUAGUUGUACAUAUUGUACAUGUUUAUAUAAUAUGUUUAUAAGUAACUAUAGGCUAUUUUUAAUCUGUACUAUACUCACAAUUUUUGUGGAAAAUUGCGCUGAAGUGCGCAUGUGUGUGUGUGAAUGGUUGUGUUAUUGAAUGAUUGAACACAUUUGCUUGUGUGUAUGUGUGUGUGAAAAUAUUCAAAGUCGAAAUUGAAUAGGAAGUGUUUACCACAGCCGGAAGGGUACUCUAAUAGGCAUGCAUAACAACAACAGCAAGAAAUGGUAUAUCACGAACGUACGAAAUGUAAAACGAAUUGAAGCGGAAAAUGAGGAGCUUCUGCUAUCAAGCAAUGUUUUGAUUUUUUAACAUUUAAGUUAAAUAUAUUUUUAUGUAUGUAUAUAUGUAAGAGAAAUAUGAAUUUAAUUUUACUUUUUCGGUUUUAAAUUUAUUAAAUAUUGGAGGUUUGUGGGAGACUAAAGACCAA